UAAACUACAACCACGGGCGAUUAUCGAUCUGUCCUAGCUUUCUUCCCCACAAUCUUCGGAAAUUGCGAGAAUGACGCCGAGCAAAUGCAUGCUUGCAUCAUAAGCCCGCCCGCCAACGAAAGAAAAGGCAACACGAGAAAUUGCAUGAAUCGUACAGCAGCCAGCACGCGAGACGAGCCACGAGCAACCUUUUGGAACGACCGAGAAUCUUCCCCCUCCCCUCUCCACUGGACAAGAAAAGCGGAAAUUGAUCGCACGACUCUUGGGUUCAUUGCCCAGACACGGGAGGGAGAAAACACAACUAAUAGCCUCACAACCUACGUCAAAAGUAGGCAGGUGGAGCCUGAGGCAGGCGAGCGGAGCAGCGGAGCACGUUCCAGCCCAGCCAGCCAGCCAGCCAAAAUUUUCCUCUCUUUCUUCUUUCUGCUUUCGCCGAGUCCGGGCGGAGAAGCUUGGGACUUGGGUGUUCUUGGGGAUUUUUUUCCAAGCACCAAGCGCCAAUGCAUGGGCGGAGACGUGGUCCUUGUCCAGCCAAGAGAGCCCCUCCUCGUUGCAUCGGAGAUGAGGUGCAUACCAAUUAAUCACCUUAUAUUUUUUCCUCUUCAUGCCAUGAAGAAGGAUGAAUGGGAAGAUCGUCGUCAUCACGUGGGGGAUCGGGAAAAGAAAAAGUUCUUUUCGAAAGGAUCAUCGAAAAAGGUUUCUUGGUUGCGGGUUUCAUACUACACAUCGAGUAUCAUAAUAACCUUCUUGUCAAUAUUUAACUACAUAUAUCUUAACCACAACCUCUUAAUACAUACUAUCUACAUACAUCCUAUACAAAUCGUUCUUCUGCUCACAGUGACAUAUCUUCCCAAAUCCCCCAUCCCAUCUCCACCGUUCAUCCCACCCGCAUGCAAUCAUCACCACAUCACCUCUUCAAUCCUCCCCUCCUACCCCCACCGAUCAUCACCCACCACAAAUCGUUCUCCCCGAAGUUAAAAAAGAAAAAGGAAACACAAAAAAUAGCAAAGCACGUCAU